AUGGGGUUCGUGUACCGAAUCGCGAGCCCGUCGGAGUACCUGGCCAUCACCGGGUACGGCGUGGACGACGUGAAGCUGGCGAAGAAGGCGUGGAUCGCGCCGGGGCAGCGGUGCGCGCGCUUCGACAUCUCCCCGGUGAACUACACCUUCGAGGUGCAGGCGAUGAGCGCCGAGAAGCUCCCCUUCGUGCUCCCCGCCGUCUUCACCAUCGGCCCGCGCGCGGACGACGUCGAGUCCCUGCUCCGCUACGCCAAGCUCAUCUCCCCGCACGACAAGCUCUCCCGCCACGUCAACGAGCUGGUCAAGGGCGUGAUCGAGGGCGAGACGCGCGUGCUGGCGGCGUCCAUGACCAUGGAGCAGAUCUUCCACGGCACCAAGUCGUUCAAGCAGGCCGUGUUCGAGAGCGUGCAGCUGGAGCUCAACCAGUUCGGCCUCGUCAUCUACAACGCCAACGUGAAGCAGCUGGUGGACGUGCCGGGGCACGAGUACUUCUCCUACCUCGGCCAGAAGACGCAGCAGGAGGCCGUCAACCAGGCCAAGGUGGACGUGGCCGAGGCGCGCAUGAAGGGCGAGGUCGGCGCCAAGGAGCGGGAGGGGAUGACGCGCCAGAACGCCGCCAAGGUGGACGCCGAGACCAAGGUGUACACGGUGAAGCGCCAGGGGGAGGGCUCCAAGGAGGAGGCCAGGGUGACGGCGGAGGUGAGGGUGUUCAGGAACGAGAGGGACGCCGAGGUGGCGCAGGCCGACGCGGAGCUGGCCAUGAAGAAGGCCGGGUGGGAGCAGCAGGCGAGGGUGGCGGAGGUGGAGGCGGCCAAGGCCGUGGCCAUACGGGACGCGCAGCUGCAGGUGGAGGUGGAGCGCACCAACGCCGCCAGGCAGACGGAGAAGCUCAAGGCCGAGCACCUCAGCAAGGCCGUCGUGGACUACGAGAUGAAGGUGCAGCAGGCCAACUGGGAGCUCUACAACCGGCAGAAGGCGGCCGAGGCGCUGCUGUUCGAGCAGGAGAGGCAGGCGGAGGCGCGCCGCGCGACUGCGGACGCGGAGUUCUUCGCGCGGCAGCGGGAGGCCGAGGCCGAGCUCUACGCCAAGCGCAAGGAGGCCGAGGGGCUGGCGGCCAUGGGAGAGGCCCAGAGCGUGUACCUGUCCUCCAUGCUCGGCGCGCUCGGCGGCAGCUACGGCGCGCUCCGUGACUACCUCAUGAUCAGCUCAGGCGUGUAUCAGGAGAUGGCGCGCAUCAACGCCGACGCCAUCAAGGGGCUCGAGCCCAAGAUCAGCGUGUGGAGCAACGGCUCUGCUUCCGAGGGUGGUGACGGCGCCAUGAAGGAGAUGGCCGGGGUGUACAGGAUGUUGCCGCCGUUGCUAACGACGGUGCACGAGCAGACUGGGAUGCUACCGCCGGCGUGGAUGGGCACUCUCAAGGGGGGCACCUCCACGUCCACCUGA